UCACUGGCUUGAUCUAUGACUUCCUUUCCGGCUGCCUAGAAGUAACACACAUGUGGAGUUUUAUGCUAGAAAUAUCGUUUUAUUUCAGUUUAAGCUUAAUUUCGUGAUCUAAUAACGUACCUUGAAUAUUCUUAACGACAUUAUGGCCGAUUUAGACGAUUUCUUUGCGAAGAAAGACCGAAAGAAAGCUAAUCGUAAAAAGUUCACUACGACCGACGAGAUCGCCAAGAAGCUAGAAGAAACGGGGAAAAAGGCAGAAAAAUCGAAUAAAAAAGAUAAAUCAACGCUUUCUACCCCUGUUGUAGGGACAGGCGAAGAUGACCAGGGGAAUCGAAUUCAGGAAGACGACGAGUGGAAGGAAUUCGAGGAAGAGAAGAAAGAUUAUACGGGUCUGAAGAUCGGAAAUCUGCAGAUAAGUGAGCUCCCAGAUCAGAAUGGUGAAGACGAUGAAGAAGAACACGUCAUGGAGGAAAACGAGGCAGGGGAGAUGGUCAGACGGAAAGUACAGUCGGGGCCAUGGAAGCUGAACCAACAGCAGCAGCAGCAACAGCAACAACAGCAACAGCAACAGCAGCCUCUCCAGGAAGUACCAGAGCUCCAAGUUGUCCAAGAGCCGCAGCAAGCGCAGAGCCAGGGUCCGUCGAGGUACAUGCCUCCGCACUUGCGGUCCUCGGCAAGGGAGCAGACUCGCACUAGUGGGGGCCUGCGCUCCAAGAAGACUGCCCCCGACAUCAGCGACGAGAAGUUCUUCCCGAGCCUGUUCGCGUCCAACACCGGCGAGCCGGGGAGAAGGAAACGAGACGAGGGCAGCUUCGAGGAAGUGCGCAACAGCAAGGCCUACUCGGGCCGCUACUCGGACGCCGCGAACAAGGUGUCUGGCGCGGGCGGCCCCAAGCUGAGCCUCGGCAACAAGUACGGUGCGCUGAGCCAGGACCACGACCAGAGCUGAAUCCUGCCGGGUCAGAGACUCGAGGGGUGCGACACGUCCUCCCGCCCCGGGACUCCCGUCUUCAGCUGUCUUCAGCUGUCGCUCCCGAAUCCAGCCGGACGUGCUACAAAUUUUUUUUUUUUGUUUUGGAUUUAUGUUCUAAGCUCUUGUAUGCAUAAUCCUUGAAUCAAUUAGUACUUCAAAAUUUAAAAAAAGUUAUAGUUCCGCUCUUGUUUCAAUAAACUCCGUGUGAUUUCUGUAUCAGGCCCUGCCACAGCUAUUCGAGCAAACUGGAAUUUUUAUAUUUAUGUUGGGUGCAACUUUUUACCGUUUUUUUUUUUUUUUUUUUUUUUUUCGAUUUUGUCAGGCAUAUUUCAUGUAAAUUUUUUUUUUGCAAAAAAAAAUUGUUUUUGAUUCUAUAAAAUUUUAGAAGUGUUAUUGGAAUUUAUUAUUUGUGUGCAUUUGUUGUAGUGUAGUGGUUUUAGGUAAACAAAAUAUAUGUGUGUUUUGUUUAAACUAAUUUUUUAAACGUGUAAAAAUCAGACUAAAAAAAAGUACUGUUGGUAUUAGCAAUAUAAAAAUUAUCGAAGCAGAAAAAAUUAAUGUCUAAGAAUGUCCCCCAAACUGAAAUGAACAUUGUAUUCAGUUUUGUUCCACAUAAUCUUAAAGGGGCGUAUCGGAAAUGUUCGCAGAAAAUGCUGACGUGAUUGCAUGUCACACUUAUCAUGUAGAUAUGGAAUGCUGUGUCGGUGACAGUUUCUUGUGAAGGCUGCUUGUGCAUGCAUAAAGAAUUUUAUUGUACUGUCA